AUGGAUACUUCACAAAGAAGAGCCUCGAUCUGGUGUUCGUCACGCUUGGCGCUGACGAUCGUGGCGUUUUUCGGGUUCAUCAACCUGUACGCCCUUCGCGUGGACAUGAGCUUUGCAAUCGUCUGCAUGACCCGGACGCCAGUCGACUGCAACCAGACGACAAGUGAAAACCAGACGAUACUUGUGGAAUAUGCACGUUGUCAGCAGGAUGAGGGUGAUCGAUUUGACUGGGACAAGAAAACCCAAGGUCUGAUACUCGGCUCCUUUUUCUGGGGCUACAUCGCCACCCAGUUACCAGGUGGAUGGCUGGCGGGUCGGUUUGGCGGCAAGCACCUGUUCGGCUUGAGUAUGCUGGUGUGCGCCCUCGUCACCCUGAUCAUGCCAUUCGCCGCUCGCACAAGCGUCAUCUUCCUCCUCGUGCUCCGGGUAAUUGCUGGCCUCGGACAGGGCGUUGUAUGGCCGUGUAUGCAGACGCUUUUUUCCAACUGGGCACCGCCAUUAGAACGCAGCAAACUCAGUGGAUUUGUGUAUGCAGGAUGUCAGAUCGGGAUCAUGGUCACGUUUCCUCUGUCUGGAAUGCUGUGUGAGGAAGGAUUUGACGGAGGCUGGCCAUCCAUCUUCUACAUACUUGGUGGUGUUGGUGUUCUGUGGUUUGUUGCCUGGACGGUGAUUGUGUCCGGUUCCCCUGCUGACCACCCCCGCAUAUCUGACCACGAGAGGGAAUAUAUCACCAACAGCCUGCGGCAGGACAUUGAUGUCACCAAAAAGUCUACCCAUACUCCUUGGGUGAAGAUAUGCACGUCACUUCCUGUCUGGGCGAUAAUCGUCACUCACGCAUGCGCAAACUGGGGAACGUACACCUUCAUGACAAAUAUUCCUACUUACAUGCAGGAUGUGCUCAAAUUUAACAUCAAAAAGACGGGCUUCUUGUCUGCUCUGCCUUACAUCGGGUUUUGGGCCAUGACAAACGUGUCUGGUCAGGCGGCCGACUGUAUGAGAGCCCGCGGCGUCAUGACGACCACCACUGCCAGGAAGCUCUUCAACUCGCUAGGAACUCUUUUACCGGCGGUGUUCGUGAUUCUGACAGGCCAUAUGGGCGAACGGCCGGAAGUGGCCGUAGCCAUGCUGACCCUGGGUGUUGCCAUGUCUGGAUGUCAAUACGGCAGUGGAUUUAUUGUUAAUCCCGUGGACAUCGCACCGAGAUAUGCGGGCAUAAUAUUUGGCAUUUCCAAUACGACCGGAACACUGGGAGGAUUCCUCGCCCCCAUGGCCAUUGGUUACCUCACAUCGGAUCGUACCAGGGAACAAUGGCAGAUGGUGUUCUACAUAGCGGCAGCCAUUUACACCGUUGGAGCGAUUUUCUACAUUAUAUUUGGCUCAGGUGAAGUUCAACCAUGGGCUCUGGAUCCCGGCACAGAAGUGGAACUUCCGGUUUACAGGGAACCAGUGGAGAAAAAAAAUGACGACAAAACACGGGAACCAGUGCAAGGGGAUUCAAACCUUCCAGGCAGCUCUGCCAUCAGGCUAACCCAGUCUGACAUGUCCACAGAAAUCUGUUCGUUCUGUUCGUUAUGUAAAGUGACAUUCUUUAUGGGUGAUAUGGGUGAUAUCGGUCUCAUCGUCGGUGCCACACUCUGCUGUAGUGCUGCAGCCACCAAAUCAAACUUUGGUGGUAGAAUAGAGCUCAGCUUUUUCGCGGUCAGCUUCUUCGCGGUCAGCUUUUUCGCGGUCAGCUUCUUCGCUGAGGUCGGCUUCGCUAAGGUCGGCUUCGCUGAGGUCAGCUUUGCUGAUGAGGUCGGCUCAGCUGAGGUCGGCUUCGCUGAUGAGGUCGGCUUCGCAGGUGCAUGA